GCGGUGGUGGCCUUAAACAAUUAAAACACGCGAUUGUAAUUGAACAACUACUUAAUUUUAUAGAAGACGAAUUUAAAAACUGUGUACAGCCAUUGAUGAAAGACGUUUUGUGUGACACGGUUAUUAGGUUUUAGUUUUUUCUUUCAAAGAAAACGUACAACUACCUUCCUACACGAAGAAAGUUAUAGAAUGAAAUUAAAAUCUGCAUUAGAUCUAGCGUAAUCGGAGAAAUUGCAUACAAGAACGCCGGUACUAUUAUAUAAUAAGGAAUUCGAAGAAUUUGAAAAGAAGAUGUUUUAGUUAGUGAAAAUGCAUCGGAAUUGUUUAUUGUUAGUUGUUUUGUGGUUUGUGCCGGUACUGCCACAAAAAAGGCCUAAUAAUGUGUGUCCGACGUUUCGCGAUUAUUUUAAUAUGGUUAACAAUAGUAAAUGCUGGUACGAUUUUGCUGCUGAAUCGACAGUGCCGGAAAUUAUAAGAAACACCGGUUACCCGAUAAUCACCUAUAAAGUGCGUACUCAGGACGACUUCCAUUUGACGGUAUUCAGGAUACCAGGAGUGAAUCCUGAUAAACCACCUAUUUUUAUGCUGCACGGUGUCCAAAGUACUUCUGGAAUUUUUGUGGGACUUGGAAAAAGGUCAAUAGCAUUUCAAUUGGCCGACGCUGGUUAUGAUGUAUGGCUUGGUAACUAUAGAGGCACUGAAUACUCAGAAGGUCACGAAUCUUUAAAUGUUACUCAGAAGGAAUUUUGGGAUCAUAGUGUGGAUGAAAUAGCUAAAUACGAUCUACCAGCUAUGCUGCAACUUGUACAGUACCAUUCAGGCAGUAGAGGCAAAACCAUUUACGUUGGCCAUUCUUUGGCUUCUGCGGCUGCCAUGAUGUUUGCCUCGGACAGACCAGAAUUUGCAAAAAGUUUAGUCUCCCUUUUCAUAUUUUUAGGUCCUGCUUAUAAAAUGACGCACAUGCGAAGCCCUUACCGAUUAUUUUUUCCAUUAUUUUAUCCUGCUCUGGAUAUUACUGGUGCACUUAAUGUGGUCCAGCUAGUAUCCAGAGGACAUUCCAGACGUCUCACUGGGCCAACUUGCAUGGCUUCGCCUGUAAUCAUGUUGGGUUGCGUUACCCUUGUCAACAUGUUCAUUGGACCUUUUACGGAAAUCGCACCGGAAACGGUUCCGGUAUAUUUUAAUCAGCUUCCUGGCGGCACGUCCCUGAAAACCCUAACGUUUUUGAGGGAAUCUACGCGAGGCAAUUUCAGGAAAUACGAUUACGGGCCUGGCAAAAACACGUUUCUUUACGGCAGCAGGACACCUCCGGAGUAUGACAUUAAAAAAAUCAAAGUGCCUAUAUUUAUUAUUUAUGCUAGGGGCGAUUGGGCUACAACAAAAGAAGACGCUCUUUAUUUAUACAAACAAUUGCCAGAGUCCAUAAGAGCGGGUAUUUACGGUGUGGAAAAGUUAAAUUUCAACCAUAACGAUUUUUUCUUUGGAAAAAACGCCGACGAACUAGUUACCAAACCAGUGAUGCAAAUUAUCGAAAAAUUUUUAAGAAAGCACCAGGAUUACCAACAAAAUAGCGUGCAGAAUUAUAAAAUAAUUUCGUAAUUGUUUAAAAAAAAUGUAAAUAAUUCUAUUUUAACAAAUGUAUGUAAAACAUAUUUCGUGUGCCUGAAUCCUGUCCUGAUAUUUCCCGUCUGCAAAACACAAUUGUAACAGAAUUUAAAUAACUGUUAUUAAAUAACAUUAAAAGGUAUUAUUAGGAAUUAAUUAGUGCAUUAUGGAGAUCUUGUCUCAUGUUAUCGACGUGCCACGUUUCCUUUUCAAACGUUAUUUUUAUCGUGAGCAGUUUGGUUAUUGAGUGGGAUCAAGGUUUAGAUUUAGACCGUGGAAUGGUAAUUUUUUUAUUGGUAUAAAGGUUUGUUCCG